CCUCAAGACCAAGGAGGGCAAGUUCAAGAUGCCCUCCUUCAAGAUGCCAUCCUUUGGCGUGAGCACGCCAGGCAAGUCCAUGGAGGCUGCGGCCGACAUGUCUCUGCCCGAGCCACACGUGAAAGUGUCCCUUCCCAGUAUCGAGGGCAAUGAGAAAUCCAGUGAUGUCAAUGUGGUCUUUCAGGGCCCCAACAUGAACUUCCAGGCCCUCAAGUGUGAGGAGGCUUCCAGUGCCCUUGAUAUGCCCCUACCCCGUGAGGUAUUGGAUGUUCAGCCUCCUAGUGCCAUGUUGGAAUGUGCAGCUUCUCUGGAAGAGCCCGUUCUGCCCUGCAAGGAUAGUCGAUUCCAUCUUCCCAGUGUUAGCAUGCCCUCAUUUAGCCAUUUGUCCAUGAAUCUGUCCCAGGCAGAUGAACAUGUCUCCGGCCUUGACGUGAAUUUGGCCCCAUCGGUAGUGGAUUCCACCUCGUGUGUUCAUGCCCCUGACCUUUCCGAUGGACCUAGUGAUGUUUCUGUGGCUCACCCCACAGUGGAAGAUCCUGUACAGCACAAAGGGAGGAAACCUCAUUUGACGUUGCCCGUGGUCUUUCUCUCACGCCAGACGUCCUCUGAAGUCCCCGUUGUGUCUGGCCAGGCACAGGAGCUCACCGCUGCUCCAGCCGUUUCUGGGCUCUCCUCUCAGCCCAGGCCUCCUGCUUCUGAGCUAGAAGGGUCUUGUGGCGCCUGGUCGCAGCUGGUCUCCCCCACGGCUUUGCCUGAUCGUGACAGUUCCAGCCAUGAUGUCACCCUCACCAAGUUCCAGGUGACAGAGGGGACUGCUGUGGCCAUUCCUAAGACAGAGUUUCCUCAUGAUCAUAUCCCUGGGCCACCCUCGGAUGGGGACUCUAUCAGCCAGGAAGGCUCAGCAGAGGGACAUUCUCAGACCAGAGCCCUGGCCUUCCAGGCGGCCACCAUCCCCGGGCCUGCAGGUGUCCUCGUUCAAGCCACAUAUGGACGAGUGAUGUUUCCUAAAUUUUUCAAACCGAGGUUUGUGGUAUCAGCGGCAGCAACAACUGCUUCUGAGUGCGGGAGCCUCGCAGGAGGGAAUGAGCGAGCAUCCCAUCUACCUGGAAUGGUGCUGCCUUCAGUGGCCAGCACCGUCCCCACAGGGCAAGCCACCCAUCCUGGCCCUGACCUGCCUGGGGAAGCCGCCCCGGAGGGUACUGAGCGUGACGGGAAGGGCAUCCCCUUCAGGAUGCCCAGGCUGACGCUCCCUUCACUCAGCAGGUCUCCCAAGAAGGAGGCUGGGCUGCCGAGGGCACCUGAGGGCAGCCCCGAGCCUGUGGGUCUUGGUUUGGAGCCAGAAUCUAGUCAGCCUAGUGCCCAGACAGGAGUACCGGCCCCCCUGGUGGAAGUGCACUCAGACCUUCCCCCUGAGAAGGAAGGUGCCAAGGGGGGCACAAGAAGGGCCAGGUUUGUCUUGCGCAAGCUCUCCUUCUCCAAGGGCAAGGGCUCUCCAGCAACCCUCCCCAAGAGCGGCCAGCACUGUCCCUCUGCCAACACACCAUCCCCAGGACAUGCCAGCGUGGACCAGAGAGAGGCCAAGGUGGAGGUACCUGAUGGUGGGAUUCUGUCAGAGGGCCAGGCUCCCCUCGGGGGGCCGGAUGCUCUGAGCGUGGAUCAAUACAUCGAAGGGCCUGUGACGCUGAAGACUUCACAGACCAGGGUGCCGGCCCAGGUGUCCCUCAUCCAGAUGGAGCGGCCCUGGGAGAGCUCCGUCGUCACUGUCACGUUCCCCAAGUUGAAAGUACCAAGAUUUACAUUCUGUGCCCCUGGCGCAGGUGAGGACAUCUUCAUCCCCUCUGUGAGAGAAGAGCUGUGUCCAGGGACAGGCCCUGGCCUGUGGGUGGCCAGCACCCCGCAGCUCAGCACUGGGGUCCCCCUGGAGCAGCCCUCGGACACAGAUCUGCCCACCUCCAAGGUGCGAGUGCACCUUCAGAGCACCCCAGCAGAGAGCCGGGCUGUCACCAUCCGGAGCAGGGUCACACCCGAGCCCUCUGAGGCCCUUUACACUCAGGUUGUGCGAGAGUCUGAGGUCCCCACCUCUGAGGUCCAGACGCCCUCCUAUGGCUUCUCCCUGCUGAAGGUCAGAAUCCCAGGGCCCUGGCCCCAGGCUGGUGUGCCCACAGCCACACAGGGCUCUGCAGCUGACAAGCAGGCCACCCCGGGAGCAGACCCUGUGUCUGCAGACCUGCAGCAUGACACUGAAGAGCCCUUUGAGAUCAUCUUGCCCGGUGCUGGUGCCCCCAGGCCACAGGGGAGCCUGCCCGAAGGGCCCACCAGCCCCCAGCUUGCCGACAGUGAUGAGGAGCCGGCGGAAAUCCUGGAGUUCUCCCUGGAGGACAGCCAGGAGGUGCCUGCUGAGGAGGAUGGUGGCUCCAAGGAGAGGCCAGCGAGUAAGAAGGCUGUUCCGGGUCUGUUCCGCUUCUGGCUUCCCAACAUCGGCUUUUCGUCCUCUGUGGAGGAGACUCAGCACGACCCCUUGGGUGCCAGCCAGGCCUGCGCGCCCAUCCAGACGCAGCCUGAGGCGAGGCCGGGGGCAGAGCUGCCUGAAAGGCCCGAGAAGGCCGGUUGGUUCCGAUUUCCCAGAUUAGGGUUCUCCUCUGCUCCAGCCGAGCCGAGGGAGAGCUGUGCGGCGGGGAGCGCUCAGGUGGAGCCGGAGCGCCAAGAGGAAGCAGUCAUCUUUUUUGAUGCUCGAGAAAGCCUGUCCCCUGAAGACCAAGAGGAAGGUACACCGGGCUCCAGUGGGACGGUGGCUUCUGCUGCGAGGACCGAGCUGGUACAGCUGGAUCCAGGGCCACAGGCUGCCCCCAAGGCUGCUCCUAGGUCCCCCACCAAGUGAGGGCGAAGCAGGCUGGCUCUAGGCCAUGUCAGCAUUUCCACAGCUGUCCCCUGCUGCCGCCCCGCCCCCCGCCCCGCCCACAGCACCAAGAUCAAGUGGUCCUCACCCUGUCCUCCAUCCUGAAAUAGGCUCCCAGGUGUUCCCAGCUCCCCCAGACCUGGGGACCAGGCAUCCCUCUGCCUUUCCUAAGACAUGCAGUAGUGCAAGACCAGGGAGAAGUCUUGGCUGAAUAAAGGCGGGAGCCAUGCAUAUUCCCA